AUGGAAUCCUUCGGGGCCAGCACGACGACGUUCCUCGUCGCUGACCCCGCCCCGCUCCGGAGCGCCUCUGUCUGCCGCGGCGCCCUGCGCGGGAUGCUGGCGGUGCUCCCACAGAUCCGGUCGCUGCGCCUCAGGGAGGACGAGUGGAACGCCGUCGUGCCCGAGGAUGUGGUGCCGGAGAUCGUGGGUGCGGCGGGCCGGGGCACCGGCAUCACCUUCUGCUUCCAUAUGGGGGUGCACCGCCGGGUGAUACACGACGAGCGGGGUCUCCUGAUGGCGUGCAAAGAGUGGCGGCUGGCGUCAACGGCGUUGGGAGAGAAGGACUGUGGGAUCUGCCUCGAUGGACUGGAGCAAGAGUCCGCCGCGCAGAUGACGGGCUGCGAGCACGCGUUCCACCGCCGGUGUAUUUCCGAGUGGAUCUCCAAGGCGACGUGCCCCAUGUGCCGGCGCGACGUCUGGCGCCCUGCCCUGCCGGAGAUCCUUGAACUGUCCUUCACCGGCGCGCCGGCUCAAGGCAUGCCAGAUAUUGAGUAG